CAUUGGAGACGCGGUGGCAGUCCGUCGCAUCUCAACUUUCCUCAGUUUGAUGGUUCGAAACCUACAACCUCCGGAAUCAUUUUACCGUGAACUUUUAACUUGGAUGUCUUAAGGAAUUCUUCAUUUUAGCUCUUAAAAGCCCCGGGGACGACCCGCGCGAACUUUAUUGAGUGCGUUUUUUACGAUGAAGUGAUUUCGCCGCCGCUCCAUGGAAACUCUCCGCAGGAUGACACGUGUAUGAGUGCACACAUAUUUUCCUGCCCGGAUGACUGUGGGAUUGUUGUCGAUGCACACUGGUGUUUAUUGUUGUCGGGGGAAAUAUCGCGUCUCAUCUUUAAAGUGGACGACAGGCUGCCGUUAGCUUUAGCAUAGCAAAGGCCUUGCCUGCAGUCUGGAUUGCGGUACGACCGCUGCUGUGUUGGCUGUGGGUUACACACACACACACACGUCUCCGGCAUUAGUUAAGUGAAAAGUGUUUUUAAUUUUCAAAGGACUCUGUGUAACUUCCUGCGAACUGUUGCGGGAAACAUUUUGGAUUUAUCUGGGAGCCGUUUCUGCAUGUUACGUACACCUCCUGGACUGAAGACGGAUGCAACAUCACAAACUGAUGCCUCUCCUCAUGAAUCUGAAAAUGAUUGUUGGAUGUAGGAUGAAUAAAAGCUAAAAACAAGCCCAAUGAGCGACACACGGUCCACACUCACUGACAGAAGCAGUAGCAUCCUCAGCAAAGAUCACCCUCCUGACAAGAGGUCCAAAAGCGACAAGCUGCCUGGAACCCCUACACACGAAUUUGACCCUACAGACGUGCUGGUGCAGAAGAGUGGAUUUGUUGUGCCUGACGGGAGACCCGAGUCCUGUGGGCUGGUUCAGAGAUGCGUCAUCAUACAGAAAGAUGAGAACGGUUUUGGACUGACCGUCAGUGGGGACAACCCUGUUUUUGUGCAGCUCGUCAAACAAGAUGGAGCUGCCAUGCGUGCAGGUGUUCAAACUGGGGACAGAAUCGUUAAGGUGAACGGGACAUUGGUGACGCAUUCAAACCAUGUUGAAGUGGUGAAGUUAAUCAAAUCCGGCUCUUAUGUGGCCCUGACAGUAUUAGGUCGACCCCCCGGGCUGCCCCAGAUCCCCCUCCCUGAGCUAGACCUAUGUCCCGGGUCACCAGGGGGUCACGGGGAGAACUUUGUUACGACCCCUGACUCUUACAGCGCAACUGAACGCACCUCCGCUCUGGUGUCAUGGGAAGAGAGCAGCCUUCCACACAACCAAAGAUUGGACAACAAGAGGAUUUUAUCCAAGGAGCAACAGGACAUGCAGGGACUGAAGGAUGAACACAACAAAAUAUCCAAACCGCUACGGGACGUCCAAGACGCUAAGAAGCACAUUCCACAUGAUGGUCUGUAUCUCAGGAACAGUGAAGACGGAUGCUGGACGGAUGAGGAUAAAGGAGACCUCAGCCCUGGAAGUUUCUGGAGAGGAGGUUCAGUGGCGCCUGUCCAACGGCGGUUCUACCCGGCCUCUCCGGAGAGCCAGAGAGAUUCCGACUGCUCCAGUCCGAAAAGCACUCCCAGAGACAGCCUCAACUCCUGCCCGUCCCCGGAUGUCGACGACGUAUGUGACCUGGAUUCUCGCCUCCAGACAUCCAUUAGGAGCCCACCCUCCCGGCAGACUUCGGAGAUCAUCGUUCUUGAAGAUGAAGACUUUGACACGGAGCAGGAACAGGUGAACGGCCAGUGCAGCUGCUUCCAGGACAUCGAGCUGCUCAAGACUCGCCCAGCUCAUCUCGCGGUGUUCUUACAUCAUGUGAUCUCACAGUUUGACCCUGCUCCUCUGCUCUGCUACCUGUAUGCGGAUCUCUACAAGCACACCAACUCCAAAGAAGCACGUCGGAUCUUCACUGACUUCUUAGGGUUCUUCAUAGACCGGGGGGCACAUUUGAAGGUUGCUGUGCCUGAAUCCAUCUCCUACGAACUCGAGAGGAGAAGGCUGGAGCUGAUUCCUGAAGAAUUGCACAGACAGUAUAUACAGACAAUGCAGGAAACUCUUCUUCCAGAUGUCCAGAGACACCUGGAGGACUUCAGGCAGAAACGCAAUAUGGGCUUGACACUGGCUGAGGCGGAGCUCGCUCGGCUGGACUCUGAACAGCCGCUUGUGGAGAGAGAGAGAGCAUGUGCCGAGAACAUCCUCUCAAAGAUAGAUGAUGUCCUGGUGACUUCACAGCCCACAGAAGAGGAGAAAUGCACAACAAUGCAGUAUGUUUUAUACAUGUACAUGAAGCAUCUGGGACUCCGAGUCAAAGAGCAACGAAUCCUGGAAUCGAAGCGUCCGCGAAUGAAUUUUCUUCCUUCCAAGCUGAGGAAAAGCAAAAUAGAGAAGGAGGGAGAGGAGAAACUCAAAAAACCUCGCUUCCCCAUUCGGGUGCCUCCACGGUGGCCUGUUCGCAUGGAAUCAAUAGCGGGCGGGAAGGCAGGAGAAAGCUUCAAGCAAAGACCUCAGAAGCAGAUGUCUCAACCAGCGAUGGGCGGGUCAGAGCAAAUAGAAGGUGGACGUCUGCGGGGCAGUCAGUCGAGCGAUGGCUCAGAUCUCCUACAUAGCCCUGGAAACAUCACCUCUCCACCCUUCAGCAGCCCUUACAGCUCACCGUCAGACCCCUCUGGAAGGGAGACGGAGUUUAGCAUGAGCCCAUCUGCUGUGGUUCCACGGCUAAGUGACGGCCUUCAGGCUGGAGAUGUGCUGGACAGCAUCUACCCACCCUGUGACUACAUCCCAUAUAGCGCCGACCCACUGGAUGAGGACAGAGAGGGAGACAGACUCCUUGAUGCGGGCACACCCAAACUGAUUAGAAGGUUUGAGGAGCUGCAGAGUGAAGACGAUCAGGGGAGUGACGUUUACUCUGAUGUAGAUCCUCCAAACUGGCAGCAGCUGGUGGGGCGUGAUGUUCUUGCAGGCCUGACACCCCACGAGAUCAAACGACAAGAAGUCAUAAAUGAGCUGUUCCACACAGAACGAGCACACGUGCGCAUGCUGAAGGUCCUGGAUAGCGUGUUCUACCAAAAACUCACCCGGGACAACAUACUGCCCCCUGCUGACAUUAAAAACAUAUUCACCAACCUGGAGGACAUCAUCCAAUUGCACAUGAGGAUAGCGGAUCACAUGACUGCAAUACGCAAGAAGUACGAGUCAUCGGUUAUUGACCACAUAGGAGAUGAGUUACUGUCUUGGUUUAGUGGUGGAGAGGAAGAGAAGAUCAAGAAUGCAGUGUGCACUUUUUGCAGUAACCAGCCUUUCGCACUGGAGCUCAUCAAAUCCCGACAAAAGAAGGACCAGCGUUUCACCACCUUCAUGCAGGAGGCUGAAAGUAAUCGACUGUGCCGAAGACUCCAGCUGAAGGACAUCAUCCCUGCGGAGAUGCAGAGGUUCACAAAGUACCCUUUACUGAUGGACAACAUUGCCAAGAACACAGAUGAGGUGGAGGAGAAAGACAAAGUGACACGAGCGGCCGAGAGAUGUCGAAAGAUUCUCAACCACGUCAACCAGUCCGUGAAGGAGUCGGAGAACAAACAGAGACUGGAAGACUACCAGCGACGACUGGACCUCUCCUCGCUGAAACAGAGUGAGAACCCCAUGAUCUCAGAGUUUAAGAACUUGGAUCUCACUAAAAGAAAAAUGGUCCACGAGGGUCCUCUUUCUUGGAAAAUCAACAAAGACAAAACUAUUGAGCUGUAUACUUUACUCCUGGAAGACAUCCUGGUACUGUUGCAGAAGCAGGACGAGCGUCUUAUUCUCAGAUGUCAGAGUAAGAACCUCGCGGGUACUGCUGACACCAAACACAUCUUCAGUCCCAUCAUCAAACUCAGCACUGUGCUGGUGCGCUCUGUGGCGACAGACAACAGGUCAUUCUUCGUGAUCUCCAUGUCUGAAAACGGAGCUCAGAUCUAUGAGCUGAUGGCCCAGACGGUGUCUGAUCAGAGAAUGUGGCAGCGACAGAUCAGUCAUAGGGCAGAUGUCAUGAAGGCCGCCAAAAUACACAGCGUCAUUCUGUUACCUCAAAACGAUCGGGACCAUGACAGUGUUGAAUUGAGCAAGUUCAGCAAAGGCUCCGACCGCAUCUCCACGGGAAGCGUUCAGUCGGCAGAAAGAUUUUCCCCUUCGGCAGCCUUGCGGGAUUGUGUUCCUGACACUUCGGAAGAGGACCGGGUACAAAGAGCUGGCCGGGACGGCUCCUAUCUGGUCUCAGAACUGAUGAACGACAGGGAUACGGAUUCCAUCACCAGUUCAUCUAAAGCAGACGAGGCCCUGAAAAAUUUGGCCGCGCUGAAGCAGGUUUUGGUGACUCAGCUCAUGGCUCAGGAUGAGGGCGAGCAUCUGGGCCGAUCAGCUGGCAGCCGUCUCCUCAGGACCACGUCCCUUCGCACACCGGUGGAGCACAGCUCUAUUCGAACCCCUAGCCGAGCUCAGGACUACACCUCUGGAGACACGGGUUUCUACGAGUGUCCGGAGGACUACGGAGCUUAUCUGGUUCUGGAGGGGUACGGAGGUUCGGGUGAGAGCAGCACUGAUGACGACAUUCAGGUUGGCAGGAAGGAGCUGGGUUUGGCGCACAGCUGUGCUGCGGAUUCGGGUAUCAGCCUCAAGUUCUCCUCACCCUCCUCAGGCAGCACGUCUCGCCUCAGCAGACAGGUCCUUUCACAUCUCCGCAGCCUGCAGGCCAACCUCAACCACCUCAAGGAGAUGGAAACAAAGUAUUAUAAUCUGCUUCGCCAAAGGCCUGUUGGGUCCACCACAGAUACAGAUGAGAGCAAAGAUAAGAAAUAGAUUGGCAGAAGUUCCUGGUUCUUGUGAUGGAGGCAGCGCUUCUAUCAGUAACACGCUCCACACCAGUCUUCCUUCCUGCUGAACACCUCCAUCCAUAAAUGAGGGAAAUAUUCUAACGAGGCCUCUCACUUCUGUCAGCACUCAUCAGUUAGGGACAACGGACUGUCUCCUCUCAGCCUUACCUGUCCCCGGUAACACGUCCUCAUUCUAACAAACAUGGGCAGCCCUGUCCUGUCCCAACAGUCCUAGAGAGAAGAGACGAGACCUAUACCAAAAUGUAAAAAGCUGUGUGUUUAGAUAAAUAUAUAUAUGUUAUAAACACAAGAUGAGAAAACAAAGGACAUUUUUUAACUAAUGUAUUAUGGUUUUGUUUUCCUUUUUUAAAUCCCAAGAUGUAUUUAUUUUUCUUUUAGUAUUUCCAUGUUUCUUGCAUGCUUUUGGCUGUUGAAGCUCCUAAGAUGCCUGUCGCUAUUGGCUUCGAAAUGACUGAACAGGUCAAAAGAUUCACAGUUCAGACUCUUGUGUGGAAAACCAAGUCCACGUCUUAGAUGAAGAGAAGUGUUUAGUUCUUCAAGCCAGCUGACAUUCCUCUCGGACUGAUUCAAUGGCCCAUGAGAACCUUCUGUUGAUAUGAAGAGUGGAUAGAGCUCAGGCUCGGUCUGCAGCCAAGUUUGAUGACCGCAAAAAGCUAAGAAUUUAUAUUCAUCAAGACGGAUGCAAAACGUGGAAAUAAAGACGCUAUGACAACCUC